CGGAGAUGGAAGUAUUUGUCGCUGAAGUGCGUAAAAGAGAAUAUUUGUGGAAUACGAAGAAAAUACCGGUGUAUAAACAACAUAAAAGUAUUAGAGAUGAAUUGUGGCAGGAAGUGGCGAAAGCGUGCAAAAUUAGCAAACAAGUCGCUAAAUGUAAAUGGCGUAGUCUGCGCGACAACUUCGUGAAGGAGCUGAAAAAGGUGCCGGUCUACAGCAACGGCGACACCUACUACAUCGAUGAACGGGAAAAACCGCGAUGGGUACACUUCAAUCACUUGAUCUUCCUACUGAAUGCCUACACGCCCAAACAGAAAGUAAUCGACAUUAACGCCGAGUCUAUAAUUGAUAUACGCUCCUCAGAUUCCGAGGAUGGCGACUGUUCAUUGGAAAAUAGUAAAAGUGGUAUCGGCAGAGCUGAGGACUCCAAUGUAAUGCCACAAAUAAAACUACAAACGCCACCAGACGAUGAAGCUCACUUUCAGAAUAUACGAAAAAUCUAUGCAUUAGAAGAUGAUGUGGAAGUGGAGGGGACGGAGGCGGAGGCGGAGGCGGAUUUGUAUAAUUCCGCAACAAGUUUGACACAAUGGCCGCAAGAGUGCGCUGUUGAGAGCGAAUGUGAUGGGAGUAAAAAUCAGUUGGCUUGUGGACCUCCACCAUUGCAGUUGAUACCAACCCAAGCGCUGGAGUCUACAUUUCAAGCCGACGUCAAACAUGCACUCACGCCAACGACUGAGGAGUAUGAAGAGACCUAUGAUGAGUUCUAUAAAACUGCGGCCAAGCGACGGCGAUCACUCGAGGCGGAAAGACCGGUUAUGAAUGAGGAAAACGAGAAUCUACUCUUCUUCCGCUCUCUACUUCCCUACAUGCGUAACUUAGAUGCGGUACAGCAGUUGCGUGUGCGUACACGGUUUCAGGAAAUCUUAAUGGAAGAGCUGGCUGGCAAAAAGGACUGAGGCUGCAUACAUUCCGGUAGUGUUAAGGGCUUCUUAAUUAUGAUUUAUUUAGUCUUAAGUUAUUUAUUUAAGAAAAGCAAUUAUAAAG